AUGAUAUCAGCGAGUAUUGCUCUUGGAAUUCGUCUCAAUCUGUUCAACGCACUUGCCAAAGUAGGAAGCGAAGAUGAACCGGCUACUGCUGAACAAGUUGCAGAGGAGAGUGGUUGUAAAGAAAGGUAUGUUAGAGAGUGGCUUGCAGUGAUGGGAACUGCUGAUAUCAUCACUGUCACCAAAGAUGAAAAAUUCUUUAUUAAAAGGGAAAAUAUUGAGGAUUUGACUACUAGCACUGAUGUUUACUUGCACUCAUUAUUGCCAAAUUCUCUGAGGCCGUAUGACAAACUAUGCGAAGUUUUCAAGAAGGAAGGACCGUAUGGUAAUCCUCACUCAUUUUCUAAAGUAUCCGAAUUCCUCUCUCACAACAACUUAGGACUUGACUACUCCGACUUUUCUGUGGAAUUCUACGAAGUUAUGGCAAACCUUAGACUCGACUACUCCGACUUUUCUGUGGAAUUCUACGAAGUUAUGGCAAACCUUAGUGAGGCUAUGCACAAAAAGCAUCUCAUCACCGAUUUUCUUCCCGCACUUGGAUCUAAUAUUAAGGAACGACUAGAAGAAGCAGAAAACUAUCCAAAAUCGAACUUCAUCGGGAUCGACGUCACACUUGAGGCAGUUCACAUGGCAAAUCAAAAACGAAAAGACGACGGUAAAACAUACGACAACCUAGCAUUUAUUCAAAUGGACGGCGGACAUAUGGACGCUGAUUGGACAGAGAAGUUUGACUUGGUCAUCAUUUUUGACGCUUGCCAUGAUCAAAGGAGGCCAGACUUGGUAAGAAACGAGUAA